CAGUCUUGACGACGCCAUUUUGCUGUAGCGUGUGUUGUUUGGUGCGCUUCGCAUAGAGAAUCGCGAAAUAACGGCGUGAAAGGCGAUCAGAGCUCGCAAAAGUCAUGCCUCCCACCGUGGAGGACGCCGUCGUGCUUCCUCCAAUGGAGGAGCAGGCGCCCAAAGAGGACGCGGCGCCAUCGACGGCGUCGGACACCGCAGCCGUCGACUCGGCGGCGCCACCGAAAGAACCGGCCGCCGCUCCAGCAGCUCCCGAACAACCAACACCACCGCCGGCACCGGCACCACCAGCCCCCGCUAAAGCACCGACGAUUGGCAUCAUCUACCCGCCUCCCGAGCUUCGCAACAUCGUCGACAAAACCGCCGCUUUCGUAGCGCGCAACGGACCCGAGUUCGAGGCUCGCAUCAGACAGAACGAGAUCAACAACUCCAAGUUCAACUUCUUGAACUCCGGUGAUCCGUACAAUGCCUACUACCAGCACAAGGUUAAGGAAGCCAAGGAGGGCAAGAUACAGCCCGAGCUGGCGCUCGCUCCGACCCCGACUAAGCCAGGUCAGCAACAACAGUCAGGCGCUCCCGCCUCUAAGCAGGACCUCAUCUCUAAGGUCGUGGAACAACCAAUCGUGCCUAAGGAGCCUCCGCCGGACUUCGAAUUCGUCGCCGACCCGCCCUCAAUCUCUGCUCUAGACUUGGACAUCGUCAAGUUGACGGCGCAGUUCGUGGCUCGCAACGGUCGCCAGUUCCUGACCAAUCUGAUGAACCGGGAACAGCGAAACUACCAGUUCGACUUCCUGCGUCCGCAGCACAGCCUCUUCAACUACUUCAUGAAGCUGCUCGAGCAGUACACCAAGAUCCUGGUGCCGGGCAAGGACCUGAUGCCGAGGCUCAAGCGCGAGUCCGAGGACCCCAAGUCGAUCCUGGACCAGGUACGCUACCGCGUCGAGUGGACCAAGCUGCAGGAGGCGCAGAAGCGGCGGGAAGAAGAGGAGGCUGAACGCGAGCGAGUCCAAUACGCGCAGAUCGAUUGGCACGACUUCGUCGUUGUAGAGACGGUCGACUACCAGCCCAACGAGCAGGGACUCUUUCCGCCUCCCACGACUCCGGACGAAGUCGGCUCCCGCGUGCUGGCGCAACAGAGGAUGGAGGAAGAAGGGGAGGAGGUCGAGAUGGAGGUCGAGUCCGACGAAGAGGGCGGAGGAGCGAGCGACAAGGAAGACGAGGACACCACGCCGACAUCGACGGCGACCUCAACGACCAACACGUCGUCGAGUCUUCCGGCCCGGGCUCCGAGCCCGCCGCCGCAACCUCCGAAGGAGGCGCCCCCUCAGCUCCCGCCCCUACCUCCGAACCCCGAACAAGUCGUCGUGCGUAAGGACUACAACCCGAAGGGCGGCAAGCCCUCGAAGCCCUCUUCGGAGCAGUACCUCAUCUCUCCCAUCACGGGCGAGAAGAUUCCCGCGGACAAGAUGCAGGAGCAUAUGCGCAUCGGACUCCUGGAUCCGCGCUGGGUGGAGCAGCGCGACCGCGCCAUCCAGGAGAAGAUGCAGCAGGACGAAGUGUUCGCUCCCGGAUCGGCCAUCGAGAGCAGCCUGAAGCAGUUCGCCGAGCGCCGUACGGAUAUCUUCGGAUUUGGUGACGAGGAGACAGCCAUCGGAAAGAAGAUUGGCGAGGAGGACAGACGCCCCCAAGAGAAGGUGACUUGGGAUGGCCACACAGCCAGCAUGGAGGCGGCCACACGCGCCGCUCGUGCCAACAUCACUAUCGAAGAGCAAAUCCAGCAGAUCCACAAGAUAAAGGGUCUCCUUCCCGACGAGGAGAAGGAACGGAUCGGCCCAGCCAAGCCACAGCACGGCUCCCAGCAGCAACAUUUGCCACCGCUUCCGCCGUCCAACCUCCCACCCCUGCCUCCGCCGCCCGUUUCGGCCGCCCCGCCGGUGAGUGCGCCAAAGCCACCACCACCGAAGCCCCCUCCGCCGCCGCAGGCUCCGCCUCCGAAGUCGACGGCACCGCCGACGCUGCUCCCGCCUGCGGCGCUGCGGACCCAGAUGGCGCCCGUCAUCGCGCACCCGCCCGUGCCGACGCCUCCGCGUCCGAUGAUGGCCGCCCCGCAGGGCCUGCUGAUGUCCGCCCACCUGCGUCCUCCGCCGGGCAUGCUGGGCAUGCCGCAGGGAGCUCAUCCGCCAAUGGCGUUCGCGCCGAUGCCUCCGGCCAUGGCGCCACUGCCGCCGGAGAUGCCUCCGAGCCUGCCGGCAGACGACGAACCACCGAGCAAGAAGAGCAAGACGGAGGAGAACCUGAUUCCAGAGGCAGAGUUUCUGGCAAAGAACAAAGGGCCCGUCACGGUGCGGGUUCAGGUGCCGGGGGCCCAGGAGAAGGUGGAAUGGAAGCUGAACGGCCAGGUUCUGACCAUGACUCUGCCGCUGACAGACACAGUGUCGGUGCUGAAGGCGAAGCUUCACGAGGAGCUCGGCAUGCCGCCCGGAAAGCAGAAGCUCCAGUACGAGGGCAUGUUCGUCAAGGACUCGAAUACGCUGGCCUAUUACAACCUCGGCCCGAAUUCGACCAUCGUGCUUCAAGUCAAGGAGCGUGGUGGCAGGAAGAAGUAGUGAAUUGUCAUUUUGUUUUCGUUUUUCUGUUCGAGGCAUAAGAUAGCUGUUAUAAAGGAUUCCAACAGCUGGCCCCCUUUCAUCUCGGCCAGAGUAGCCACCAUUGUGCCAUGACUGAGGGAACAAGGUGGUCAAAAGAACCAGUGAGGAAACGGAUCCCACUUUUAUUGUCCUGCAUUUGGCUUUUUAUGUUAGCCCAUGCGUAAAGUUGUCUUGAACUGCCUUGUCAAUUGAAGGUGGGUGGAAUGUGAAUGCCUGCAUUGAUGCUGAAAUAUGUGGCAUAAUGAAAUAAAAGGACAGUUGGUCUGUCAGAAAAUGCGUACCUUUGCCCCGUUUUGCUGCUGUACUGUUUGUAUCUUUCCUUUCUUUGUGAAAUUAAAGUGUAGCACAUCUAUAUGUA